AAAUAAAUCGUAAGUCAAAAUAACCUGAAAAAAUUUUUUGUACUCCAUUAUAAUUAUGUUGUCUGUACGAAAAGGAACAACAAAACGGUGUUGUUAUGGAGUAUGUAAAAGUGAUACACGAUACAAAUCAUUUCAAACCAAUAGAUUCUAUUUUAUAAAUUUUCCAAAGCCUUGUCUUGAAUAUCGAAAAAAAAUAAUCAAAUCAUCAAGCAAAUUACAUAUUAAAGCAUGUGCAAAAUGUGCGAAAUGUGAAUUAUGGGUGAAAAAAUGUGGCAGAAGUGACCGAGGUUUUAGAUCUAUUGAUGAUGUUACUAAGGAUACUUAUAUUUGCUCACUACAUUUUCUUGGAGAAAGUGGUCCAACUGAACAAAACCCUGAUCCUUUAAGCUAUCAAGAGUUUCAACAUAUUGAUAAAUCAAUUAAUAAGGUGCCCAAAGCAAGAACCAGCUUAUCCGAAAAAUACAACAGAGUUGAUAUGAAAAAAGCAAAUGGAUUAGAAUAUAGAAAAAUAGAUGAUAUUCUACCAGAUGCACAGACAUCAGUGACUCAUGGAGGGGUUCACAACGUAAUUGAUGAUAAUACUUGUUUUGUUGAACAAAUAUUACCAGAUCAAACGUCAGACAUGAGUAUGACCCUUGGAGAUAUACACCGUGAAGAAACUAGGAAACAUACAAGAGCAAUAGAAAUUCAGACAGAUUCGAUAAAGAUGCGUAAUAAAAUUAUUCAGGUUAAGUUACCAAAAAAUUCAGCCAUAGAAAUUCAGACAGAUUCGAUAAAGAUGCGUAAUAAAAUUAUUCAGGUUAAGUUACAAAAAAAUUCAGCCAUGGAAAAAUUUAUUAUAUCUAUUCGCAGUGAUGAAAAAAGAUGCAUAUUUUAUACAAGUCUUCAUUUUGAGCAAAUCCAAGCUUUACAUAGAUUUUUGAGUCCAGCUUGCGAAAACUUAGAUUAUUGGGGCAGUCGAGAGUCAAAGCAUGAAAAUUCCGAAAAUAAUAGUAAAUACAAAUUUACUUCAUUACAGCAGUUGAUUUUGGUUCUAUUAAGAUUACGAAUGGGAUAUUUAACAGAAGAUUUAGCUUACAAGUUCGAUAUUUCUACGGGGUUUGUUUCAAAAAUAUGUACAACUUGGAUUUAUUUUUUGUACAAUGAAUUUACCACUCAAUUGAAGCCAUUUAUGUUCCCAUCUAGGAAAACAAUAGCCGAAACAUUACCUAAAAUAUUUCGGUCUAUAAAAAACAUAAGAGUUAUUGUAGAUUGCGUUGAAUUUUUUUGUCAAUCGCCGUCAAACUUUGAACACCAAGGUAAUUUAUAUUCAAGUUAUAAAGCUCAUACCACAUUUAAAGUGUUGAUAGGAUGUACUCCUAAUGGAUGUCUUAGUUUUGUAUCUGAUGCAUUUGAGGGUUCAAUAUCGGAUCCAGAAAUAUUUAAACGAUCAAAAAUAGCAGACUUAUUGCAACCUGGAGAUGUAGUACUAGCAGAUCGAGGUUUUACGGUUCAUGAUGUAGUUGAAGCUAAGCAAGCACAUUUAAAUAUUCCUCCAUUUUUGAAUGGAAGAGACCGUUUAACUGCUCAAGAGGAAAUUUUGACGAAGAAGAUAGCAAAACAACGAAUAUAUGUUGAACAUGUUAUUGGGCGCAUAAAAAAUUUCAGACUUCUUUCCACCGUUUUACUUUUAAAUAUGCGUCCUAUCAUGUCACAAAUUAUAUUUAUCUGUGCAUGCUUGGUCAACUUUCAAACACCUAUAGUUUUCGACGAAUUAAAUUAAGGCCAGUGUGUUGUAGGAAAUAAAAAAAC